UUGACAGUAAAGUGACGAUGUGUUUUGACUCGGCAACUACGAAAGCACCAGCCUAGGGAGCAGUGAGAAAAAAAAACACGCACUCACUGCAUUGAACAAAUUAGAAUAUCUGCACCAUGUCGCAACAGCAACCGCCGAAAAAGAAAGCUACCAAGGGCAGCAAACAGAUCGUGGAGGAAAAUGUGGCCACGGUUAAGUUUUACCGCAACAUGUCGCUCAUUGCCACCGCGGUGCAGUUUCUUGGCUUUGCCGUGUAUGCGGAGCUUUCCACACUGGCAGUGGUCAUGACUGUCCUGUGCGUUGUAGCGCAUGUGGCCAGCUAUUACUUUAUGGCGAUGAUCAGCAAACCGAAACUUACCGAAAAGGGAGACAUCAUCGAGACGGGUACGGACCUCAACAUUGAGGGAGGCAUCACGGAACACGUGAAAGACAUCGUGAUCCUGACGGCUGGUACGCAGCUUGUAUCCAUCCUGUCGGAAUUCUUCUGGCUGCUGAUGCUGCUGCUCCCGAUUCGGGCCGGCUGGCUGUUGUGGCAAACGGUGGGAAAACAGUUCUUCCAGGGCGAUCCGGCAGAAGAGGCUCCUGUCAAUGAGAAGAAGCAAAAGAAGCUAAUGCGAAAGAUGAACCGAGCGCGGCAAUGACAUUAAUCGUGACAUGAUGGUAGGAGACUGUUGGAACCGUCUCCAACAGCCACAUCGCAGCAGUGUCCAUCCAUUGUAAGGAAAUCAACACCAUCUUCAACCAGCAAACCAUUCACCGGAAGAAGGCUCACGUGGUGCUGGUCCACAACACUGGAGCAGUGUGUGUGUAUUCAUCGUCUUACUGUUAAGCGCGAACUCUUGUUUUAUGUUGAGUGUGGUUUUUUGUUUUAUUUAGACUGAAUAUAAAUAAUUUUCAUGCUUUGCUCUGAGCGGCUGCGUAAACGGUGAAAA